AUUUUAUCAAGAUCCGAUAACUUCUGGCCAAGCUGCGCUUUAGCAAUGGGAUCUCCUAUCUGCAUAUCUUACCCUUAUCAAUCCGUUAACCAGGCAAGGCGAUGACGGCUAUAAUCUCUCACGGGAACGUCAAUUUCCAUCUCUUUUAUGUAUCAGAGCUCUCAUCUCAUGGCGGAGGACAACUCAAAGAAGGAGCUCGACAAAACCAUGAAGAGAAGAAUUGCAAACCUCAACAAUCACUUCCUCCCCGUAACUUAUUCUUUUUCCGCAAGCCGUUCGAUUAGCUCCUCGCCUGCGUCUGCGGAGGACAGCUACCGGCGCAUCCACGGUGAGGUCUCCGCCGAAGCAGCGGUAUGGAGACCCGCACUAGAUGAGUCGGGGAAGUUCACUGACAUUCUAUACGAGAAAGCCGUGGGAGAGGGAAUCGCGAAGAUCACGAUUAAUCGUCCAGAGAGAAGAAACGCUUUCCGGCCGCAUACAAUUAAAGAACUUGCUAGCGCAUUCAAUGAUGCGAGAGAUGAUAGCUCCAUAGGAGUUAUCAUUUUAACAGGGAAGGGAACCAAGGCUUUCUGUAGCGGUGGUGACCAGGCUUUGAGGACCUCUGAUGGAUAUACUGAUUUUGAAAAUUUUGGUCGGCUUAAUGUUUUGGAUCUGCAG